UAUAUAUAGACAACCAUGAGUGAUCAAACUAGAGAAACUUCUAGUUCAGACCCUAAGGAAACUCCUAUUGUACCUAAAAGAAGAGGCCCCAAUGCAUGCAAAAACUUUAUUAAGAAAAAGGCAAAAGAAGAAGUAUCAAUUCAGUUUGAUGGAUAUAAUAGGCCGGUUGGAUCAUAUAGCAAGAAGUUUGUAUCUUAUGUUGGGACUUUGGUUCGUACUAGAGUAGAUAUCAACAUUGAAAGUUGGCCCAAAGUAGAUGAAACGCUUAAAAAUGCAAUUUGGACUGAUGUUAAGGCACAAUUUUGCAUUAAAGAUGAUACAAAGAAGAAUAUUGUAUUGAAAAUUGCAUCAAAGAGAUGGAGAGACUUCAAGAGUAGAUUGAAGCGUGAACAUCUUGUCAAUAAGCACCCAAAUUAUGAUUCUCCUGUACAACUCUAUGAAUUCUUGACUGAAGAGAAUUGGGCGAAAUUUGUUGCAGAACGCGAGAGUGAGUCGUUCAAGGAGAAAAGUCAGAAGGCAAGGCAAAGACAGGCAUGCAAUGAGCAUCCACACUUCCUAGGUUCUGCUGGAUAUGCGGACAAACAACCAGAGUGGAUGAUAUCAGAUCCUCUAUCUUCACAAUCUUCUUGUGCUUCUGUUAGCUCGUCAUUACUGUCUGAUGAUCGCAGUUUCGACUGGGUACGAGCAAGAGUUAAGAAGUCAGAAGAAGGAUGUGAUGAGGUUAGUCAAGGGACAUUUCAACCAAACAAACAUCAUGACAUAUUGUCUACAGCUCUUGGUAAACCAGAGGAUAAACGGGGUUCGGGUUUGGUAAGAGGAAUUGGUUCAUACUCCACCAUCCGACAAGUAUUUGGUAAACCAGAGCAGAAAUGGGGCACACCAAGUGGGUUUAUGUCUAUUGAUGAUGUCCAACAGAUGAUGGAAAAGGUCAGGCAAACUACAUUGUUGUUGGAGGUGCAACCCAAGAUUGACAUGCUCACCCAGCAACUGAAUAUAUUGAUGAAGAACAUGUCAGCCACACGCCAAGGUCCACAAGGAGUUUCGAUUGGCACUCCUCAAAGUGCUAAUGCGCCUUGUGAUCAACCUCCGACCCGAAGCAGCUGUCAUUUGGUUGAUGUAUAUCCAGUAACCACAAUUAAGGAAAAUGUCAAAAUAAGCUCACAAAGACAAAAUAAGCAAAUGAGAGAUCAAAGUGCUGAGCAAUCUGCUACAGCUACACGAUCCCCAAUUGUUGGUGGAAAUGUCUUUUUGCUUUUGGGGACAUACUGCAAGCGGCUUGUCAAAGCGUUGUCAUCAUUUCCUGUUGACAAAGAGUACAAUGAUGAUAUAGAUCAGACUGUCUUCCAACAUGCACACGUGAAUAGUGUUUAUGUGAUGAUAGAGGAUAUACAGGAUUUGUUGACAAUGAAUUGGCUCGAUGUCUCAAUUAUACAAGUGUUUAUGAUGUUUUUGAAUAAGUUGUGUAAGCAGCUUGGAGUGACAUCUAUCGGGUUUGCGUGUCCAACACAAAUUUCAGCAGAUAUGGUUGACUUAAAUUCUCCUGCCGUUACAUCAUAUCUAAUUCAGGUCAUGGACAAACACAAGGAUCAGCAAUUCAUAUUGGCACCAUAUCAUCAAAAUAAUCAUUGGAUACUGAUCGUGAUUAGCACACCUUCAAAAACGGUGUAUGUGUUUGAUCCUAUAAAAAGUAUAAAAAGUGUGCGCUCCCUUGACGUCAAAAUUUAUGUGAAUAUAGCAUUUCGAUCUGCAAGAGGAACUAGAACGGUUAAUUGGAAGAAAUGCAGAUGUCCACAACAAUCGGGAGGCUCUGAAUGUGGAUACUACGUACUGCGAUACAUGUUCGAGAUUGUUACUAAGCAUUCAACGCUUGAGUAUCUAGAUGAGGUAUUUGAAGAAGCAGCCUACUCCAUGAACGAAAUAGAUGAAGUUCGAGAGUUGUGGGCACAAUACUUUACAGAAGAGUGCGUAUAAUUUUAUUUGGUUUAAACAUUAUCUUUAUUAUUAUUGACUUGUG